CUCCUGUACUGUGUCCGCAGUCUCUGGUCAUCUCCUGUACUGUGUCCGCAGGCUCUGGUCAUCCCCUGUACUGUGUCCGCAGUCUCUGGUCAUCCCCUGUACUAUGUCUGCAUUCUCUGGUCAUCCCCUGUACUGUGUCCGCAGUCUCUGGUCAUCUCCUGUACUAUGUCCGCAGUCUCUGGUCAUCUCCUGUACUGUGUCCGCAGUCUCUGGUCAUCUCCUGUACUAUGUCUGCAGUCUCUGGUCAUCCCAUGUACUAUGUCUGCUGUCUCUGGCGCGUCUUAUGUAGCGAAAAAUACGGUAAUU